AUGAUGAUGACGAUCGUACUCACGUGUCUACCGUCAGUUGCGCACGCACUCGACCGAGCGAACCAGUUGGACGUGGUGGGCACCGUGCGCGGCCGUUCGAUUAACCUCCAUUACGACGACGUGGAGGAGAACAAGCAGGAGCACAAGUGCUACGACCUCACGAUUACGCGCGAGGUGGAUCCAGUGUGCGCGUCGAACGGCAAGAAGUAUGCGAACCCGAGCACGUAUGAGUUCCACAAGUGUUUGACGUCGGCGCUGGAGGAACUGGACCUUCAAGUCGUGGACAUGGAAGUCUGCCUCGACGCGGAGCUGGAAGACAACCACUAUAAGUAG